GUGUAGAGUAAAAGCAGAGUUAUUGUGCCCUCCAGAAGAGCAGGACGCGAAGUGCCUGACAUACUACUAUGAAGACACACCAUCCUGGGAACCGCAAGCAAAUCCAAAGGCCAUGGAUGCGAGCUCAAUACCUCAGAUUAAUAUAGAGGAUUUUGAUGGCCUAGAAGUUGCCCCUGAUGAUCAUUUGAGAAACUUAAAGGCUUUGACUGAGAAGCUAAGACUGGAAACCAGAAGGCCGUCAUAUCUGGAGUGGAAAGAGCGAGUGGAGGCUCAAAACACCAAAGGCUUAGCGGUGUCAGAUGGGUCAACAGAGCUGGAAAAAGAUGCUGGACUAAAGACCAGAGCGACACCUCAGAGGACCAUAGAGGACUCCCAAAUGACUGCUGGAAAUGGACUCAUUUCUAGAAGCCUUGGAGGAUUCGAUAAUAUUGACGAAGCUCUUGUUUGGCUUAGAAAAGAACUGAUGGAGAUGCGCAUCCAGGACCAGCAGUUGGCUCGGCAGCUCAUGCGGCUGCGCGGUGACAUCAAUAAACUUAAAGUGGAGCAGACGUGUCACCUGCACCGCCGAAUGCUCAACGAUGCCACCUUUGGGCUGGAGGAGCGGGACGAGCUGUCGGAUCUUCUGUGCGAUGGACCCGUCACCCCAGGGUUUGGCCUCUCUUCACCUCUGCGCCUCAUUGGGGUCACUAAGAUGAACAUCAACUCCAGACGCUUCUCGCUUUGCUAGCCUUCAGUGACCAUAUACUGCAAAAUAUUUGUUGCUAUUUUAAACCCAUGAGGGCUGUCACAGCAGCAUAUCCAGUGCCUCUUGCUUUAUGUACUUGUGCCAUUGAAUCCAUCUGAAUUAUUAACAUGAACAGUGAAAAAAAAAUUCUGACCCAUUACCCAGACUUAUGCCUUAGAUACAACCCUGAUUGUGGUCAUUAGAUAUAACCAGUGCUCUAAAGAGACCACUUGACAUUUCUCAGUCUCUCUGGAUUUGAUUUAUUAUUUAUGGGUUCAUUCGUUCAUUUUUCUUCGGGUUAGUCCUUGAUUUAUCAGAGGUCGCCACUGCAGAAUGAGCCGCCAAAUACUCUGGCAUAUGUUUUACACAGCGGAUGCCCUUCCAGCCACAACGCACCGUGUUGGGAAACACUCAUAGACUCUCUCAUUCACACACAUACUCACAUAUCCACAUACACAAUGGUUAAUUUAUGUCAUCCAAUUCACCUAUACAGUACCACAUGUCUCUGAACUGUAAGGGGAAACUGGAGCACCCAGAGGAAAUGUUAUGGGUUUGAGUACAAUUUGAACAUUUGUUUUAAUUGUUUAAACAUCUGAGAACAUUUAUUCCAAUUUUAGUUUUAAAAAUACUGUAAUUUAGAGAAUUUUCCCUUUAAAAUGGCAAUUGGUGAGAAAAACAAAUGCUUUCAAUUAAAAAUCCAGAUUUUUGAUUUAUUUUGAUAAAUCAAAUAUUGAUUUCUUAACUCUUCUGAUGUCAAAACG